AUGGCUCCCGACAGGUCCCCGUCGGUGUUCGCUGACGCUGGGCUGCAGAGUGGGCUGCAGGUGUGGCGGGUGGAGCAGCUGGAGCUGGUGCCGGUGCCGCCCAGCCGCCACGGAGACUUCUUCGUGGGGGACGCGUACCUGGUGCUGCACACUGUCCGCCGCGGCGCCGACGCCGCGUACCGCCUGCACUACUGGCUCGGGAAAGAAUGCACCCAGGAUGAAAGCACAGCUGCAGCUAUCUUUGCUGUUCAAAUGGAUGACUACUUAGCAGGAAAGCCUGUCCAGAGUAGAGAAAUUCAAGGAUAUGAAUCUACCGAGUUUGUGGGCUACUUCAAAGGAGGAAUUAAAUACAAGGCAGGUGGUGUUGCCUCUGGAUUUAAUCACGUUGUUACUAAUGAUCUGAGUGCUCAGAGGCUUCUGCAUAUCAAGGGACGGAGAGUUGUGAGAGCCACAGAAGUCCCCCUGGCUUGGACCAGCUUCAACAAAGGAGAUUGUUUCAUUGUUGACCUUGGAACUGAGAUCUAUCAGUGGUGUGGCUCAUCCUGCAAUAAAUACGAGCGGCUGAAGGCUACUCAGGUUGCUGUUGGCAUUCGGGACAACGAGCGAAAUGGAAGGUCUAAAUUAAUUACUGUGGAAGAAGGGAGUGAACCAGACCAGCUCAUAGAGGUUUUAGGGAGCAAGCCAGAGCUUCCCGAGUGCGGUGAUGAUGAUGAUGAACUGGCUGAUGUUACAAACAGGAGAAGUGCUAAACUAUAUAUGGUGUCAGAUGCCAGUGGAUCCAUGAAGGUGUCCUUGGUAGCAGAGGAAAACCCUUUCUCCAUGGCUAUGCUUCUGUCUGAAGAAUGCUUCAUUUUGGACAAUGGUGCUGCAAGGAAGAUCUUUGUCUGGAAAGGCAAAGAUGCUAACCCACAAGAGAGAAAGGCUGCCAUGAAGAACGCUGAACAAUUCAUACAGCAGAUGAAUUACCCUGCCAACACACAGAUUCAGGUCCUUCCUGAAGGAGGUGAAACACCAAUUUUCAAACAAUUUUUCAAAGACUGGAAGGAUAAAGAUCAAAGUGAUGGCUUUGGCAAAGUGUAUGUCACAGAGAGAGUGGCUAAAAUUGAGCAAAUUGAAUUUGAUGCUACCAAGUUACACGAGUCUCCACAAAUGGCUGCCCAGCAUAACAUGGUAGAUGAUGGUUCAGGGAAAGUAGAGGUCUGGCGUGUCGAAAGCAGCGGCAGAGUUCCUGUGGGACCCGAGACAUACGGACAGUUCUAUGGUGGAGACUGCUACAUUAUCCUCUACACUUACCCCAAGGGGCAGAUCAUCUACACAUGGCAAGGAGCUCACACUACCAAAGAUGAACUCACUGCAUCUGCCUUUCUGACUGUUCAGCUGGAUCGGUCAUUGAACGGUCAGGCUGUGCAGAUCCGAGUGAGCCAAGGCAAGGAGCCUGCCCAUUUGCUGAGCCUGUUCAAAAACAAACCACUUAUUGUCUACAAGGAUGGGACAUCCAAGAAAGAGGGUCAGAAACCUGCUCCACCCACGCGACUCUUCCAGAUCCGCAGGAACAUGGCAGCCAUUACCAGGAUUGCAGAGGUUGAUGUCGACUCAACGUCACUAAACUCUAAUGAUGUCUUUGUCCUGAAACUGCCAAACAACUCUGGCUACACUUGGGUAGGAAAAGGAGCAAGCAAAGAAGAGGAGCAAGGGGCUCAGUACAUUGCCAGUGUUCUUAAAUGCCAGACUGCUAAGAUUAAUGAGGGCCAGGAACCAGAGGAAUUCUGGAAGGCACUUGGAGGUAAAAAAAGAUACCAGACUUCAUCACAGCUCUUGACAAAGGCUGAAGAUCAUCCCCCUCGCCUGUAUGGGUGUUCUAACAAGACUGGCAGAUUUGUUAUUGAGGAGGUCCCAGGAGAAUUCACUCAAGAUGAUUUGGCUGAAGAUGAUGUCAUGUUGCUGGAUGCUUGGGAUCAGGUUUUUGUCUGGAUUGGGAAGGAUGCUAAUGAAACUGAGCGACAGGAAUCCGUUAAAUCUGCCAAACGCUAUAUCGAAACGGAUCCUUCUGGCAGAGAUAAGGGGACCCCCAUUGUGAUCGUGAAGCAGGGGCACGAACCCCCUACAUUCACAGGCUGGUUCCUGGCUUGGGACUCCAACAAAUGGAAGAACUGAUCUCUCCAAAGAAGCUGCAGCUUCAAGCCAAAGAAUGAUCAGAGCCCAGCUACUUCCUAGUAUUUUUAAGCUUAUGCAACAAUAUGAUGCAUUUUUUUGUUACACCUUCCUGAGCUUUGAUAUAUUUCUGUGAAUAACUUAGAAAUUCUUAGCCCUGGAAAGGACAAAUAAUAAUUGCAAACUGGUCAAGGCAGAGAGUGAGAGGUGUUUUAUGUAGUGAAUAUGGAAAGUGCCACCAAUAGUUUGUUUAAUCUAUUGAUUCUUCACAAAGAAGCUGUGGGUCAGUUUACUUCAGUGUGCUAAAACGGACCAAAUUGUGCCUUCACUUAAAAAUCCAAACUAAUGCCACAGAAAUUCCUUUGGAUUCAGGUUAGCAUAACCUUGUGCAAAAUUUGGCCUGAUAAAGGGCUAAUUCUACAUCUGUUGCAUGGGUAGGGCUGAAGAUAAUAGACCAAAACACUGCCACACUCAUGUCAAAGUUCAGGUAGUGCCUGAUCCAGAAUGGGAGCUGUAUCUAGCAAAUAAGGGAUGGAUGUUUUGAGCAAGCUGUGCUUAGCAUGCUUGUUUGUCUUGUUAGGACCUACAUUUGCAGCUUUAGGCUGUGAGAAUAUGAAGCUGAUGGAAAUUUUUUUGGGGGGGACUGUCUAGCUCAUUGUCAUGAAUUUCUUCAGACUUACCUCUGUAAGCCACACCUUUUAAACCAAAGCUCUUUAGCACACUGUAGUGCAUUACUGCUUUUAAGUGGAAGCAGAAGAAGCAACAGCUUCAAAAAUGCAUACUCUGCCUUAACCAGACUGCCUAUAAGCCAUACUUUGCCUCAUUUGCCUUACCCAGUGGUCCUUAGCUGUCUGCCAGCAUGCAGACCUCUUACCUUGUCAGGUGCAGGAUGCAUUUCUGCAGGUCUCAGGCAAAUAUCAAGUACAUCAAGCACAAGACAACUCCUUCUUUCAGUAGCAUUCCACAUCCUGGGAAUUUGGAGUGUGAGUAUGCACCAUAAAACGUGGCCUUCUCUUUCCUCUCAGACACAGGUAGUAGAGCUUUGGCCUUUUUUAUCCUGGUGAAUUUAUGGGUACAUUUUCAAAGCAUUUUUUAUUGUCAUUUAGCCAGAAAAGCCUAGUAAAGGCAGUGGGGGAAAGUUUGCUUCAAUUCUUCAGCACUGCUUUGAUCACUUAUCCUAUAAUAAGUGUUUUAAACAACAGUUUGUACAGCUGUAAAUCAUGGCAAUGUGGAUUUUUAAUGGAAGCAUUGGACUGGUGUUAAUUGCUCUGAGAAGUUAGGUUGGAAAAUGCCAUCUUAGACUGUUUUGUCUAUUUUUUAAAUAUGAUUGCAAUUUUGAACCUAGGGAAUGCAAAAGAAUGGAUUUAAUCUGAGCUCAUGAUCAAAAUCAAUGGCAAAAGGAUUGCGAAGGUAAGAGAUGAAUUACAGUGAGUUUGUUACUUUUAAAUGUUUGUUUAAACUUCUGCUGAUGCAACUGGGCUGUAUCCAAGUGCAAUUUCAUCACAAAUAAAAUCACAAGACCCAGUGUGGUAUUUGCUGA